GAGGAGGUGAGGCCGCGGGCAGCCGGGCGGAGAUGGCGGGGCCGCCGUCGAGGCUGGCGCCAGAGCCCGACCGGCUGUGGGUCCUGCAGCUUCAGUGAAAGGAGUCCUUCUGUCACUCGUCACUAGCUCGCUCGCUCACUGUGGGAGGAGCCCGCCUGAGGAAGCCGUGUGUCUGGGAUGCCAAGAGCCAGAGAAUGGAUCUUCUCCGAGUGGGGACAUUGCUGACAAUCCCGGCUUCCCGAGGCGGCUAAGAACAGGCAGUUUGUGUCGGCUGGCUGCAGAUACCCAGAGGCACAAAGAGACCGAAGCCACCCGGAGGGACCCACGGACGGACAGAUGGUAGGCGCGAACCCGAGAGGACCGGCGGAGGCUGAGCACCGAGAGCCGCCAAGGAAGAGAAACUAACCACGGCCAAGUUACCCCGCCGGCUUUCCUUCGCUGCGCUAAGGAAUGAAACCCUUCCAGCUCGAUCUGCUCUUCGUCUGCUUCUUCCUCUUCAGUCAAGAGCUGGGCCUCCAGAAGAGAGGAUGCUGUCUGGUGCUGGGCUACAUGGCCAAGGACAAGUUUCGGAGAAUGAAUGAAGGCCAAGUCUAUUCCUUCAGCCAGCAGCCCCAGGACCAGGUGGUGGUGUCGGGACAGCCAGUGACGCUACUUUGCGCCAUCCCCGAAUACGAUGGCUUCGUUCUGUGGAUCAAGGACGGCUUGGCUCUGGGUGUGGGCAGGGACCUCUCAAGUUACCCACAGUACCUGGUGGUAGGGAACCACCUGUCGGGGGAGCACCACCUGAAGAUCCUGCGGGCAGAGCUGCAAGACGAUGCGGUGUACGAGUGCCAGGCCAUCCAGGCCGCCAUCCGCUCCCGCCCCGCACGCCUCACAGUCCUGGUGCCGCCUGAUGACCCCGUCAUCCUGGGGGGCCCUGUGAUCAGCCUGCGUGCGGGGGACCCUCUCAACCUCACCUGCCACGCAGACAAUGCCAAGCCUGCAGCCUCCAUCAUCUGGUUGCGAAAGGGAGAGGUCAUCAAUGGGGCCACCUACUCCAAGACCCUGCUUCGGGACGGCAAGCGGGAGAGCAUCGUCAGCACCCUCUUCAUCUCCCCUGGUGACGUGGAGAAUGGCCAGAGCAUCGUGUGUCGUGCCACCAACAAAGCCAUCCCCGGAGGAAAGGAGACGUCGGUCACCAUUGACAUCCAGCACCCCCCACUGGUCAACCUCUCGGUGGAGCCACAGCCAGUGCUGGAGGACAACGUCGUCACUUUCCACUGCUCUGCAAAGGCCAACCCAGCUGUCACCCAGUACAGGUGGGCCAAGCGGGGCCAGAUCAUCAAGGAGGCAUCUGGAGAGGUGUACAGGACCACAGUGGACUACACGUACUUCUCAGAGCCUGUCUCCUGUGAGGUGACCAACGCCCUGGGCAGCACCAACCUCAGUCGCACGGUUGACGUCUACUUUGGGCCCCGGAUGACCACAGAACCCCAAUCCUUGCUCGUGGAUCUGGGCUCUGAUGCCAUCUUCAGCUGCGCCUGGACCGGCAACCCAUCCCUGACCAUCGUCUGGAUGAAGCGGGGCUCCGGAGUGGUCCUGAGCAAUGAGAAGACCCUGACCCUCAAAUCCGUGCGCCAGGAGGACGCGGGCAAGUACGUGUGCCGGGCUGUGGUGCCCCGUGUGGGAGCCGGGGAGAGAGAGGUGACCCUGACCGUCAAUGGACCCCCCAUCAUCUCCAGCACCCAGACCCAGCACGCCCUCCACGGCGAGAAGGGCCAGAUCAAGUGCUUCAUCCGGAGCACGCCGCCGCCGGACCGCAUCGCCUGGUCCUGGAAGGAGAACGUUCUGGAGUCGGGGACAUCGGGGCGCUAUACGGUGGAGACCAUCAGCACCGAGGAGGGCGUCAUCUCCACCCUGACCAUCAGCAACAUCGUGCGGGCCGACUUCCAGACCAUCUACAACUGCACGGCCUGGAACAGCUUCGGCUCCGACACUGAGAUCAUCCGGCUCAAGGAGCAAGGUUCGGAAAUGAAGUCGGGAGCCGGGCUGGAAGCAGAGUCUGUGCCGAUGGCCGUCAUCAUUGGGGUGGCCGUAGGAGCUGGUGUGGCCUUCCUCGUCCUUAUGGCAACCAUCGUGGCGUUCUGCUGUGCCCGUUCCCAGAGAAAUCUCAAAGGUGUUGUGUCAGCCAAAAACGAUAUCCGAGUGGAAAUUGUCCACAAGGAACCAGCCUCUGGUCGGGAGGCUGAGGAGCACUCCACCAUCAAGCAGCUGAUGAUGGACCGGGGUGAAUUCCAGCAAGACUCAGUCCUGAAACAGCUGGAGGUCCUCAAAGAAGAGGAGAAAGAGUUUCAGAACCUGAAGGACCCCACCAAUGGCUACUACAGCGUCAACACCUUCAAAGAGCACCACUCAACCCCGACCAUCUCCCUCUCCAGCUGCCAGCCCGACCUGCGUCCUGCGGGCAAGCAGCGUGUGCCCACAGGCAUGUCCUUCACCAACAUCUACAGCACCCUGAGCGGCCAGGGCCGCCUCUACGACUACGGGCAGCGGUUUGUGCUGGGCAUGGGCAGCUCGUCCAUCGAGCUUUGUGAGCGGGAGUUCCAGAGAGGCUCCCUCAGCGACAGCAGCUCCUUCCUGGACACGCAGUGCGACAGCAGCGUCAGCAGCAGCGGCAAGCAGGACGGCUAUGUGCAGUUCGACAAGGCCAGCAAGGCUUCUGCUUCCUCCUCCCACCACUCCCAGUCCUCCUCCCAGAACUCUGACCCCAGUCGACCCCUGCAGCGGCGGAUGCAGACUCACGUCUAAGGAUCACACACCGCGGGUGGGGACGGGCCAGGGAAGAGGUCAGGGCACGUUCUGGUUGUCCAGGGACGAGGGGUACUUUGCAGAGGACCCCAGAAUUGGCCACUUCCAGGACAGCCUCCCAGCGCCUCUGCCACUGCCUUCCUUCGAAGCUCUGAUCAAGCACAAAUCUGGGUCCCCAGGUGCUGUGUGCCAGAGGUGGGCGGGCGGGGAGACGGACAGAGGCUGCGGCUGAGUGCGCUGUGCUUAGUGCUGGACACCCGCGUCCCCGGCCCUUUCCUGGAGGCCCCUCUACCACCUGCUCUGCCCACAGGCACAAGUGGCAGCUAUAACUCUGCUUUCAUGAAACUGCGGUCCACUCUCUGGUCUCUCUGUGGGCUCUACCCCUCGCUGACCACAAGCUCUACCUACCCCUGUGCCUGUGCUCCCAUACAGCCCUGGGGAAAAGGGGAUGACGUCUUCCCAGCACUGAGCUGCCCCAGAAACCCCGGCUCCCCACUGCUGCUCAUAGCCCAUACCCUGGAGGCUGACAAGCCAGAAACGGCCUUGGCUAAAGGAGCCUCUCUCUCACCAGGCUGGCCGGGAGCCCACCCCCAAUUUGUUUGGUGUUUUGUGUCCAUACUCUUGCAGUUCUGUCCUUGGACUUGAUGCCGCUGAACUCUGCGGUGGGACCGGUCCCGUCAGAGCCUGGUGUACUGGGGGGAGGGAGGGAGGAGGGAGCCUGUGCUGACGGAGCCCCUCGCCGGGUGUGCCCCUCCUGGGCUGUGUGACCCCAGCCUCCCCACCCACCUCCUGCUUUGUGUACUCCUCCCCUCCCCCUCAGCACAAUAGGAGUUCAUAUAAGAAGUGCGGGAGCUUCUCUGGUCAGGGUUCUCUGAACACUUAUGGAGAGAGUGCUUCCUGGGAAGUGUGGCGUUUGAAGGGGCUGGAGGGCAGGUCUUUAAGAUGGCGAGACUGCCCUUCUCAGCUGAUAAACACAAGAACGGCCAUCCUGUCUUCAGUAAGGCUCCACGAGAAGAGAGGAAGUAUAUCUACACCUCACCCCUCCUAGUCACCACCUGAAAUAAAUGUUAGGGACACUACUCCAA